AAAGGUUGCAGGUUGCUGACCCCUGUCUCUGGUCUAGAUGGAGUUUUGGACACAGAGGAUGUGAGUGCACCGUUACCGUAAUUGCACGAAAAAAUAGACAGACGCGCAACAGAAUUCCAGCUAGCUCCAGCACCUGCAGUCUGCUUGUUGCGGAAGAACAACAGACUCAAACAUCCACUCAGGGCUUCUUCAGUUGCCUCACACUGACGAGCACUAUGGAGGAGGAAGAGGCCCCUGUAGAAGGCGAGGUGAAGACCCCCUUUGCUGCAGAGACCUAUGCAGCUGAGGCCAUGGCUGCAGACAUGGACCCCUGGAUUGUGUUCGACUCCAGAAGAACCCCCAGAUCUGAGUUUGACGCCUGGCUGGAGAGCAACGGGCCCUCGCGAGUGGACAGAUUUGGAGACGAGGAAGGCGGCGUUAGCCCCGUGGGGUGGAUCGCCGUGCUGGGUCUGAACCACUGCCCCAACGUUGGGGACGUCGUGGGCCUCCAGGAGAGCUGGGAGAAACUUUUGGCCAGUGGCCGGCCCGUCGGCUUCCAGACGGUGAAGGAGCUGGCCCUGAACCACGGCGUGCUCUCGGGCAAAUGGCUGAUGCACUUGGACUGUGGUUUCAAGUUGGACAACGCCUGGGAGUGCGUGGCCAGGGCGGCCCUGGAUGGCAAGAUCUCCCUCGCUAAAGUCAGCCCCCAUAAUCCAAAAGGAGAGGGCAAGCAGGUCAUUUGUGCCUAUAACCAGAACUUCACUGACGAGAGUGAGGUCAUACGGCUGGACGGGGUCAUCCGCGCCACGGGGAUCAAAUGCCCCCUCACCUACAAGCCGGACGUUUACACUUACCUGGGAAUCUACCGGAACAACCGCUUUAAACUGUGUCCGACCAUAUACGAGAGCAAGUUUGACCUGGAGUGCGUCCCCCGGCGUUCACACAUUAUCAACAAAGUCACCAAUCUUGAAGUAACAUAAGCAGAAUAGGAGGAUUACGUUUUGGGUAAACGAAGAGGCACUUGGUGAUCAUCUCGCUGACUUAAAUGGCUUUAAGAAGUCAGUGUUUGAGUUUCAAGUUCUUCCUUUUGGCAAAUCUCAUUUCAAUCUGUAACAUUUCCUAAGUGACCUGGACUACUGUCACAUAUUUUUUUAUUGAUUAUAUUGUAUUCAUCAGUAAGAGGAUUUGUAUUAUUGAUGUUCUGUUUGUAAUGCACUAACUUUUACCUGAUGGACGGGGUAGCUGAAGAAAUCCUUGAUUUGUAUGCACAAAGGACAUUUUCUUUCUUUUUUUUACAAUAUCAAUUUGUCUCAUUUUAUUUUUUUUUGGUUUGUACUGAACCACGAGUUGCCAAAUAAAUUACUUUUGAAGACCAUCUUAA